AUGAGCUCACCAAUAAAAAGAAGACCAGUAUUAGCAGGGAAAAAUGUCAACAGUUAUACAAAGGGGUCAAUACGUAAAAAUGGUAACGACAGUACGCAUUCCUCUCCUAGUAAGAAAAAUUACAAAAUAAUAGAUUAUGCAUUGAGACGAAGUCCAAUCAAAAAUGUAUCUUUAUCACCACAAAGAAGAAAACCCCUAUAUUCUCCUAGUAAGCUAAAUUGUAGCACAAGGAACGGUACAUUUACUAUGUUCCAGGAAACACCUGAGGCACGUCAAGCCAUUUUAUUGGAACAUAGUAAUAUGCUAGUUUAUAGUAGCAGUUAUCACGAUGAAAAUAGCUUUGAAGAGGUGAAGGAAAAUAUGUCUCCUAGUAAACUCAACUCGAAGAAAUUAAUAAGACAAAAACCCACAAAAAAGAGGGUUAUAAGGAAACCACUUCGAGAUCUUGAUAUUUCAGAAUAUAAGGGUUACAUUGAAAAUCCUCAUACUAAAGAAACUACAGAACUGAAUUUGCAUACCAACGGUAAGAUCCAUUUACCGAGUUUUGUGACACCACCUAGAAAACAUAAAUUAAAGGACUAUUUCACUACCAAUACCCACGAACAUGAUAGCAGUGCAUCAAGCUUACAUUUUUCUCAAACCACUGACGAUAUUAAUGAAAAUAAAGUCGUAAGAAAAUUAGAGUUUGAAAUUUUCGAGAAUGAAUUAUAG